AUGUCCCAUGACUCCUUUGAAGCCUUUGAAGUCGAGUCGACGUUUUCCGAGGACGACGACGAAAAUAGCCUUGGUGCAGUGGUUGCAACACUGCGCAGCUGGACGUCGAGCGUUUUGGCGUCUGAAAACUCGCAGGCGCUGGCAGGAGCGCCGGUCUUUGGCGGCUGCAAGCAGGAGCAAAGUCUCCACCAACAAAGCCAUCCAAGCCAAUCCGGAGCCGAACAGAACGACAGGUAUGCGCCCAUCCGGCGAACUUACGGACUGCGAAGUGGUUCAGGAGCUUUGAAGGAGGUGGCUGAAAAAGAACACGUAGAGACUGAGACCAUCGCCGCGACACACGAAGAGGAGGUGAAGUACCAAGCUGCUCCGUCGGAUGUCGAGGCGUCGGAUCUUUCGACGUUACUUUCGACUGUGGAGGGCGCUCUGCGUUACUUCCAGACGCAGAUGCAGAGCUUUCUGUUGCAGUACAAGGAGAUGGCAUUGCGGUCGACGUUUUUGGAGCCAAUGAAGUUCUCUUGCGCAAAGCGGGCGCAAAGCUGCGAGGAUUCGGAG